AUGGGUGAAUCGAAUAAUUCGAAUGCGCGAGGGCGCAAGCCACGCAAGAACAGCAAAUCAACUGUCAACGCGAAUUCCAACAAGAAAAAACAAACAUCACCCAAGACGGUAAAAAAGGAGUUACCGCCACCAGAUAAUAACGAGUCACCACAUUUGAUGCCUCUAAACGAAACCGAUCUUCCCACCGAAUCAUCAUUCUUGUCGAUCUCCUCUACAAUCACAACUGAUCCGUUGAUGACCGAUUUUUCAACCGGCGAAGGACACACAUUCGUCUGCGAUCCUCCCAUAAUCAAUAUCGCCAUAGAAAUAUUUAUGAAUAUUUGUGAACAUCUUCCACCCAGCGAUUUAUUAUCGCUCGUGUUGGUCUGUCAGAAAUUCAGAGAGAUCUUAUGCAACGUGUCUCCUAUUGCCCAAAAAAUUUGGAAAACAUCAAGGUUAAAAUUUCUGCGAUAUCUCCAAAAGCCAGCUCCACCUGGAAUGGACGAGAAAGGAUAUAUUGUGCUCAGGCAAUUAGAAAAAGGAUGUCAAUUUUGCCGAGAUCAUGGAUCCGGUUUCGUCAAGGUAUACUGGGAAUUCCGGGCGAGAUGUUGUGAAACAUGUUUGGACAAGAGGACUACGAGACGCGACAUACUCUACAUUGAUUGGAUCAUCCCUGACAUAGUACUCCGCACCUUACCUUACAUGUAUCGUGGUGCCGCUCAGGUUUAUUGGACAAAUGAUGUUCACAAGGCAAUGGCGGAAUACAAUAUAAUUCGUGAGAGCUGCGAAACCGAGGAGGAAUUGCUAAAUUGGGCUGAUGAAAAACAAAGGUUAGCAAAUAAGAUGAUGGAGGAUGCGCCUUCACAUGAACGGGAGGAACAUGAAGAGCAAAUCUCAAAGUUGGAAGAGAACAUCGAGAGAUCAUAUUCAAUGGUUAAUGAUGUGCAGCAGCACAUUCUUGGCAGGCCAACUCAAAUAAUUCCAUCUAUGA